AUGUGUGACAUGGGGGGGCUCGACAACCUCAUUGCCAACACGGCCUACCUCCAGGCAAGGAAGAGUGGAGAAGCAGAUGCCAAGGAGAUACAAAAGAGACGCAAGAGCCUCUCACUGCCUAAGAUUGAGCAAUGCAAAGAGCAUAGAGCGUCCCUUGUUGCUGAUUAUGAGAGCAUCUGUGAGCAGCAGCCCAUUGGCAAGAAAUUCUUCAGAGACUUCUUGGAGACAGUUCCAGAAUAUUUGGUAGCUAGGGACUUCCUGGAUGAGGUGUCAAACUGGGAGUUGGCAGAGGACAAUAUCAAGAGUAGUACCAUGGAGAAUAUGGUUACCAAUUUUCUUAAGGAAGGCUCCAAAAACUAUUUGGCUUUCAUGAGCUCUGACUUGGUCAGCAAAUGCCAGGCAGCUGCUGCAAAGGACUAUGAGAACAUCGUGAAUCUGGCCAAGGAGGAAACCAAACUCUUCCUUAAAGACAAGCCCUUCACGGACUUCCAGGCCAGCCCCUUCUAUGACAAAUUCAUCCAAUGGAAAGUUUUUGAGAAGCAACCAGUAACUGAAAAAUACUUCUAUGAGUUCCGAGUUCUGGGCAAAGGUGGCUUUGGAGAGGUUUGUGCCAUCCAGGUGAAAAAUACUGGCAAGAUGUAUGCCUGCAAGAAACUGGAUAAGAAAAGGCUGAAAAAGAAAAGUGGGGAGAAGAUGGCACUGCUGGAGAAAGAGAUCUUGGAGAAGGUCAACAGCCCUUUCAUAGUCACACUAGCUUAUGCCUAUGAGACCAAAAGCCAUCUGUGUCUUGUUAUGAGCCUCAUGAAUGGAGGAGAUCUGAAGUACCACAUCUACAAUAUAGGAGAAAGGGGUUUGGAAAUGAAGAGAAUCAUCUAUUACUCAGCUCAGAUCACCUGUGGGAUUCUGCAUCUCCAUUCCAUCAACAUUGUGUACAGGGACAUGAAACCAGAAAACGUCCUCCUGGAUGAUAACGGGAAUUGCAGACUGUCUGACCUUGGAUUGGCAGUGCGAGUCAAAGAGGGAAAAGCCAUCACUCAGAGGGCUGGGACAAAUGGUUACAUGGCUCCAGAAAUCCUGAAGGAGGAAGACUACAGCUAUCCUGUGGACUGGUUUGCUAUGGGCUGCAGUAUUUAUGAGAUGGUAGCUGGGCGAACACCGUUCAAGGAUUACAAAGAGAAGGUCAAUAAGGAUGAGGUUAAAAGAAGAACUCUGGAAGAUGAGGUGAAAUUCGAACAUGCCAGCUUCACAGAGGAAGCCAAAGAUAUUUGCAGACUGUUUUUGGCUAAGAAAAAAGAGGACCGUUUAGGAAGCAGAAAUGCAGAUGAUGACCCAAGAAAACAUAAGUUCUUCAAAACAAUAAAUUUCCACAGGCUAGAGGCAAACCUUGUCGACCCUCCAUUUGUGCCAGAUCCAUCAGUUGUCUAUGCCAAAGAUGUUGCAGACAUUGCUGACUUCUCUGAAGUACGAGGAAUUGAUUUUGACGACAAAGAUAAGAAGUUCUUCAAAAAGUUUGCGACGGGUGCUGUCCCUAUACCCUGGCAGGAAGAAAUCAUUGAGACAGGACUGUUUGAAGAACUGAACGAUCCGAACCGAGUAGAUUCUGGUGGUUAUGCAAAUGGAGGUGAAGCUAAGUCAGGAGUUUGUUUGUUGUUGUAA